CCGGCCGAUCGGCAGGCCUCUGAUGGAAUCUUAAUAAAUUAACAUCCCCGAUAGUAAUACGAUGUAUAUGCAAAAGUAGAUUGUGUGUUUACGGCACAUUGUCAUCUAGUACAUCAGUAGCCCUCUUGUGGUUCAGCACUUAAUGUCCAAUCGAGUCACCCCAGAACCUGCGGAAAACGUAGAAUUAAUAAUGGACUCAAACAACAGGAAACCCUCGAAGACAAGCGACUAUGGAGGAGGUUACUCGUCAGCCCCGGAUCACCGUGCUGAAGUCAUUGGAGCUGGUGAGCCGGAAGGAGGAAUUGGUAUCUGUGGCUGGAUACUGACCGUUUUGUCUAUGGUCAUUGUGCUCUGCACAUGUCCCUUCUCACUGUGUGUUUGUAUCAAGGUGGUUCAGGAAUAUGAGCGAGCUGUCAUCUUUCGUCUUGGUCGUCUUCUCCCAGGAGGUGCAAAGGGUCCAGGUAUCUUCUUCAUACUCCCUUGCAUUGAGAGUUACACUAAGGUGGACCUCCGGACUGUCUCUUUUGAUGUGCCACCCCAAGAGGUAUUGACUCGAGAUAGUGUGACUGUAUCAGUGGAUGCAGUGGUCUACUACCGCGUACAGAAUGCAACCAUAUCCAUUGCUAAUGUUGAGAAUGCCAAUGCAUCCACCCGCCUCUUGGCUCAGACCACAUUGCGUAAUGUACUUGGUACCAAGAACCUGGCAGAGAUUUUGUCAGACCGAGAGGGUAUCAGCCAUUUCAUGCAGUCCAGCUUAGAUGAAGCGACAGACCCCUGGGGUAUCAAGGUAGAGCGUGUAGAGAUUAAGGAUGUACGUCUGCCGGUGCAGCUUCAGCGUGCCAUGGCAGCAGAGGCAGAGGCAGCAAGGGAGGCCAGGGCAAAGGUCAGAUUCUCAUCAAUAUCACAUGAAUUUAGAGUAUAAAUUGGGAGUUAAUAAUUCAACUUUCUGCUAAGGUCACAUAGAAUGUUGGUCAUGAAGGUUAAUGUAAGAAACAUUCAGGCCCUAUGUACAGUAGUGUCUGAUUGAAAACGUGAGUGCAGUGACCUUUGUGUACAUCUAUGCUGCUGUUUUGAAUAAUAUCA